AUGGCUAAGAGACACAAGGCUAGAGAUGUUGAUCGUCCUGAACUUCACAUUGUUAAUUAUUUGUCUAAUCCUGAUUAUAGUUCACGGAUGAUGACAUGUGACCACCCACUGCCUCCCGAUCGGUACCAUCCAAGUGUAGAGGAUCAUUUACGGGUAACUGGGUUUUAUCAUGCCUCUCAGAUUGGAGUAGUCCAAGGACAGAAAGCAUUGAUAAAUGCUUUAGUUGAGAGGUGGCGGCCGGAAACACACACCUUCCACCUUCCGAUUGGUGAGUGCACAGUGACCCUUGAGGAUGUAGCUGUUAUUUUGGGCCUCCCGACGAACGGCCUUCCGGUUACGGGGAUGACCUUGAGCAGCUUUGAAGCAUUGGAGGGUGAGUGUUUCCAUCAGUUUGGGGUUGCACCGAGAAAGGCCGACUGCAGAGGGAGCGGCAUAAAAAUGACAUGGCUUAGGAAUCUAAAAGAACGUAUACAACUGACUGACGAGAACAGUAUGCAGAGGUACGUCAAGUGCCACAUUAUGUUGUUAUUGGGUACUAUAUUACUUGGAGACAAGUCAGGGGCAUCUGUGCACUGGAAGUUUCUGCCUUUGCUCCGGGAUUUUCAUAGUAUCAGUAAUUUUAGUUGGGGAUCGGCAUGUUUGGCGCACCUAUACCGGUCAUUAUGCCGGGCCUCUCGUUUUGAUUGUAAAGAAAUCGAUGGUCCGUUAACACUGCUGCUAGGUUGGUUUUGGAUCCGCCUACCGUAUCUUGCGCCCCCUACUAGGGAACCACGCAGUUUUCCGCUUGCAAACAGGUGGCGUAACUGGGAGCGUGGUGACAAUCGGUAUAGAUAUCUUAGUCUCGCCCACUUUAGGGAGGCGUUAGAUGAGGUUCAGGAAGGGCAGUUCGUGUGGGUUGCUUAUGGUGUGGAUCGCAUUGAACCGGGCAUAAUCCCAGAAGACAUCUUCCUGCACGCAGUAGUCUGGAGCGCUACGGUUCCGUUGAUUUCAUUUGAAUCUAUUGAGUGGCAUGCAACGGAUAGAGUUAGAAGACAAUUUGGUUUGGUUCAGGGAGUUCCAUCUGAGGAAACAAAUCUGGGAAGGGCACAUGGAGAAACACUUGCUGGUCCUAAGAAUCUUGACUGGGCCACAGCCCCGUCCCAUUCAUGUUGGAUUAUGCGCUGGACAAACAGGUAUAAUUACAUUCUGCGUGAGUAUGUGGAACCUUCACAGCAUCCAUUGGAUGUUUACAUGGACUGGUAUCGUGCACGGUAUGGCAAGCAUUUGAUGUUGUCAAAUGUUGUGGUUCAAGAGAACGAUGAAGGUGAACAAGUAAUGGAUGAUGAGGGUAACCCAGUUAUAAAUGAUGAGGGUAGCCUAGUAAUGGAAGAUGAGGGUAGCCCAGUUAUUCAUGUAGCCAAUGAAGAACCGGUUUCACAUUCACAUCCACAUCCACCUCCACCUCCAGCUUCCCAAGAACAAUUUCAGGCUUCGGUACCAUAUCAUGUUCAGACACAAUAUACCCCGUCAUACCCAAUAGAUCAACAAUAUUGGAGUACUCCACAAUGGGAUGCUGGAGAGGGUGCUUCUUUUAGCCAGUUGCUUGGCUUCAUGGCUGCGGAUGCAGGGCAGUCACAAUUUGGCCAUCAACCUGAAUUUAUGCCCGGGAGGUAUUCUUUGGACGCGAGGAUUCCAUGCCACACUGCCUCAGUUGCUUCUGGAGGUUUGGAAACUGGAGAUUCCAGUAGAAGUGAAGGCGGUCGGGGGAUCUUUACUAGCAGGAACCUACGGCAUGUAUCAAUGGGUCAGAUUGAAGAAAAUGCCGGGAUAGGUGAGCAUGAAACCGAUCAGUAUCUCGUGGAAGAACCGGAUGAUGAGGAGAUGGAUGAGGAUCAAGAGGAGAGCGAGGAUGACGAGAUGGAUGAGGAUGAAGAAUCCCGCAACAAUGCUCCUGAUGAUGCGGAUGAUGCAGGUCCGACUUUAUGA